UGAAAAUAUAACUGUGUUUUAUACUUGGAUAAAAAUCCUUGAUCCUCAAGUCUGGAGAUCCGGCACUCAACCACAUUCAUUUUCCUUGACUGAAGUGUAGUGUCAACGAUCAAAGUAUGCAUUAUGUUAAUUAAAGUGGCUUACAACAGUAUUAAAUAUACUUUUUAGUCAUAAAAACAACAACAAAGUCUGGGUCUUCUACCCUACUAUAUUUCAAUGUUGGUCAUGAAGGUGAUUUAUUUAACAUUUCGAUAUGAGAAAGUAAAAAUCUGUGCUGAAAUAAUGAUCCAAUUCAAAUGUAAACAUUCGAUUUCCUCUUGUUCUACAUAUCGUGUUGUCAAUAUUUACAGAUCCUUGGCUGGCUGUUGAUUGCAUCUGUCAUGUUGUCCAACCUUUUGUUGACCUGUUUGGCUCGGUGCACCUCACCCGUCAGCUACCUACAGCUCAAAUUUUGGAGGGUUUAUUCUCAGGAAGAGAGCAACCUCAUGGACUCCUACAGCAUGAUCCAUGCCAAAGAAUUAGCGGAGAGAAACCUGGAAAGUUUCUUCAAACAGACAAUGCCCCAACAUGUCAUCACUCCCUCCAACAAAGAUUGGGAGAAAAUCUCCGCGCUCUACAAAUUCAGCACCAAAGACUACUACUACAGCACGUUACACAAGUAUGUGGAGACUGGGAUGCCAAUGGCCUCAGUGAAAUCAAUGGAGACACCUGCAGACAAUCCUGCUGUUCUUAAUUUUGUGGAUGAAGGUGGGGUGGGCUUGUAAGGAUGUCAGCUGGGCACCCUUCUUUUAGACUUACGUUUGCCAAAAAUACUGGCUAUGUUUUUAAAAGGCUUGUUCAGGUCAGUCAGGUAACAUGAAUACAUACUGUAUUUUCAUACACUUGUGAAAAUAAAGUCUGAGAUUUACAGUCUA